AUGGCAAAUCAAAACCAAAAGAAGAAUAAAGAGGAUUUCUCUCUAAAGGAGACAACUCCAAACAUAAGUGCUGGAAGAGUGAUAAGUGGUGAUAGGCUUCCCACUGCAUUUGAUCUUGUUGAACAAAUGCCCUUUCUAUUUGCAAGGGUGGUGAGGGCCAAAGAGUUACCUGAAAAUUCUAAAUCUCAUGCUUGCAACCCUUAUGUGGAAGUAAAGCUUGGAAGCUUUGUUGGAACAACUAAGUCAAUGGAGAAAACUACUACCCCAGAAUGGAACCAAGUCUUUGCUUUUGCCAAGGAUAGGAUUCAGGAAUUGGUGUUGCAAAUUGUGGUGAAGAACAAGGAUAAUAAUGGUGACCCUGAUGGGUUCAUGGGUCAUGUUACAUUCACAAUAUCGGAUAUUCCAAUGAGGGUUCCUCCUGAUAGCCCUUUGGCACCACAAUGGUACAAGCUUGAGGAUCAAAAUGGGUUGAAGCUUCAUGGAGAGUUGAUGGUGUCUGUUUGGAUGGGAACUCAAGCAGAUGAAGGUUUUCCUGAGGCUUGGCAUUCAGAUGCUGCAGAGGCUUGUGGUGAAAACAUUGCUCACACACGUUCAAAGGUGUAUAUUUCUCCUAGGCUUUGGUAUCUUAGAGUUAACGUGAUUCAAGGCCAGGAUUUGUUGCUAAAAAAUAAGGGUGGCAAUAACUCGGAAAUUUUCAUCCAAGGUGUUUUGGGGAACUUGGCUUUGCGGAGCCGUUCAAUGAAAGGUAACACAAAUCCCAUGUGGAAUGAGGAUUUGAUGUUUGUUGCAGCAGAACCCUUUGAUGAUUCCUUGGUUGUGAGCAUUGAGCAAGGGAAUUCCCACAAGCAUGAAAGCUUAGGAUGUUGUGUGAUCCCUUUGAAGAAUGUACAGCACAGAAUUGAUGCCACUCCACCAGCUAGUGUAUGGUACAACCUUCACAAGCCCAAGGAAAAUGAGGGUGAAGAGGAGAUUAAGUUUUCUAGCAAACUUAACAUGAGGAUUUCAUUGGAUGGAGGGUACCAUGUUCUUGAUGAGGCCACUCAAUACUCGAGUGAUCUCAGGCCAUCAUCAAAGAACUUGUGCAAACCCAGUAUUGGUGUUCUGGAAUUAGGAAUCUUGAAUGCUGUGGGGCUCUCUCCAAUGAAGAAGGAUAACCACACUGACGCCUAUUGUGUAGCUAAGUAUGGUCCCAAGUGGGUGAGAACAAGGACUAUUGUAGACAGUCUUUCUCCCAAGUGGAAUGAGCAAUAUACUUGGGAAGUGUUUGAUCUUUGCACUGUCAUCACAAUUGUUGUGUUUGAUAAUGGGAACUUACAUGGAGGAAAAAAUGUUGGGGGAAAAAAUGCUGGAGGGAAAAAUACUGAAAGAGAAGUUGAUAAGAGGAUUGGCAAGGUAAGGAUUCGAUUGUCCACGCUUGAAAGUGAUAGGAUUUACACUCACUCUUAUCCACUGAUAAACUUGCACACUCAAGGAGCCAGGAAGAUGGGAGAAAUUCAACUGGCUGUGAGAUUUUCUUGUCCUUCUUUGUUGAAUGUUUUGCAAACUUAUGCUCAACCAUUGCUCCCAAGAAUGCACUACAUAUGCCCUUUGUCUGUGUAUCAGUUGGAUAGUUUGAGGAACCAAGCUGCAGCCAUCACCACAUUGAGGUUCAAAAGGGCUGAACCAACACUCAGUAAAGAGGUUGUGGACUACAUGCUAGAUAUGAGGGCAAAUGUGUGGAGCAUGAGGAGGGGAAGAGCUCAAUUUUCCAGAAUUACUAGUCUUCUGAGUGGUUUGGUUUGUGUUGGUAAACAGUUUGAUGACAUACGGGUGUGGAAGAAUUCAGUUACCACAGUGUUUAGUUACUUUAUGUUUCUUUUUGUUAUUUUCUUUCCCGGAAUAAUUUUGCCAUCAACAUUUUCCUUCCUCUUGAUGGUUGGAAUUUGGCGCUAUAGAACACGGCCAAGAUAUCCUUACCAUAUGGACGUGAAAUUGUCUCAAGCUGAUACAGCCACUGUUGAAGAACUAGAAGAAGAAUUCGAUCCUUUUCCAUCCAAAUUCAAUGGUGAGAAUCUGAGGAAGAGGUAUGAUGGAUUAAGAGGUGUUGCGGGAAGGGUGCUAGAAGUGAUGAGUGACUUAGCAACUCAAGGAGAGAGGGUGCAUUCUCUACUCAGCUGGAGGGAUCCAAGAGCAACAGUUUUAUUUGUUAUUUUCUGUUUAGUAGCAAUCAUUGUGACUUAUUUUGUUCCUUUUCGCAUUAUUAUGUUCCUUGGUGUCACUUACUUGUUAAGACCUCCAAGGUUCCGCUUUGACAUGCCUGCAGUCCCUCAGAACUUCCUUAGGAGAAUGCCUGCUAAAUCAGAUGGCAUGCUUUGA